GCCUGUGCUUGGGCACCGCUGCUUGCAAAGGAAAUUGCUGGUCUUCAGGUCCAGAAGCAACUCAAUAUCUCAAAUUGGAUGAACCUUCGGGAUGCAGAAACAGGGAAAAUCCUCUGGCAAGGAACAGAAGAUCUCUCUGUACCUGGAGUGGAGCACGAAGCUCGAGUUCCUAAAAAAAUCCUGAAAUGCAAAGCAGUGUCUCGGGAGUUAAACUUUUCCUCAGCAGAACAAAUGGAAAAAUUCCGACUGGAACAGAAAGUUUACUUCAAAGGGCAGUGUCUAGAAGAAUGGUUCUUUGAAUUCGGUUUUGUGAUUCCUAACUCAACAAACACUUGGCAGUCCUUGAUAGAGGCAGCACCUGAAUCACAGAUGAUGCCAGCUAACGUUUUAACCGGUAAUGUUAUUAUAGAAACCAAAUUCUAUGAUGACGACCUUCUCGUAAGCACUUCCAGAGUGAGACUUUUCUACGUUUGAGAUGGGGCUUUUUGGAGCUGUUUUAGUUUUCCUCCAUGCAGUUCUCGGUGCAGAACCCCCCCGACUAUCCAGUGGAAGACACUCCUGUAGGCGGUGACCCUGGGGACCAGCUCAACGCGGGUUGUGACCUUUGCCCAUCAGUUAUUUUGCUUUCUCCUCUGACAAGACCAGACCAAACCCUCAGAGACAGGACCAUCUGCUCAGCGAUGCACUGGGGAACAGAGGCUGUCUCUGAACGCGGGAAACGAUGGUCGUGCAGAACCAAUGCUGUAAAUUCUGUUAGUCUCAUCCUUUGUACUUCUCUGGAUCCUGAUACAGUCCCCAACUCUCAGUGCGUCUCAUUCUCGGGGGAUUGAGUUAACCUUUUCAUUUUUCUCAUGUUGUAGGUUUUUAUCCUUUCACUGGAUUUCUGUGUAACUGGUCCACACAUCCUCUUACCCUGAACUUGUAAAAUAGACUGUGAUAUCACCUAAUGUAAUUAAAACAAGUUUCUCAAUUAAAACAUUCCUACCGU